GCGGCAAAAAGAAGGGGACACAAACAAAAACAUGUGGCUGAGGCUGUGAGAAAUCGGUACUGCAGGUUAGGAGAGCAUCUGAGUUGACUGACGGUGGACAUCAUGGGUUUGCACUCAGCCCAGAAGAAGCACUUUCCCUUGCGGGGCAUUGACGGUGUGGUUCAGCUGUUUGAUGCUGAGCUCCGCAAGUCUGAGCCUGACCUAGCCCUUCUCUCCCUUGUCCUGGGUUUUGUUGAGCACUUCCUAGCUGUGAACCGGGUCAUCCCCAUAAAUGUUCCAGGGGUCCGGUUUGAACCACUGGAGCCGGAUUGCCCCAACUCCUGCUUCCCCACAGUGGAGCUGGGCAUGAUUUCUGCACUGUACGAGCGCUUCACGGCACAGAUCCGUGGGGCAGUGGACCUGUCCCAGUACCGGAGGACUGCUGCUGGGUCCAGCAGGGAACUGGUGAAGAAAGUGUCAGAUGUGAUCUGGAACAGUCUAAGCCGCUCUUACUUCAAGGACCGGGCCCACAUCCAGUCCCUCUUCAGUCUAAUCACUGGCACCAAACUAGACAGCUCUGGCGUGGCAUUUGCUGUGGUAGCAGCCUGCCAGGUUCUAGGUCUGAAGGACGUCCACCUGGCACUGUCUGAGGACCACGCCUGGGUGAUUUUUGGCAAAAACGGUGAAGAGACGGCAGAGGUCACUUGGCACGGAAAGGGUAACGAGGACCGGCGAGGACAAACAGUCACAGCAGGUGUCAGUGAAAAGAGUUGGCUUUAUCUCAAGGGCUCCUACAUGAAAUGUGACAGAAACAUGGAGGUGGCCUUCAUGGUUUGUGCCAUCAACCCCUCACUGGACCUUCAUACUGACAGCUCUGAGCUCCUGCAGCUACAACAGAAACUCCUCUGGUUGCUGUAUGAUCGAGGUGACCUCGACAGAUAUCCAAUGGCCAUGGGCACUCUGGCGGACCUUGAAGACCAGGAUCCAAUCCCAGGCAAGGAGAACCCUCUGAAAAUCCACCUCAAGGCUGUCGGUUCUGCGCAGAAGCACUACAACAACGAGCACAUCUACCCCUACAUGUACCUGGCUGGUUUCCACUACAGACACCGGAAUGUGCGGGAGGCUCUGAGGGCCUGGGCUGAGGCAGCUCAGGUCAUGCAGGACUAUAACUAUUUUCGUGAAGAUGAGGAGAUCUACAAGGAGUUCUUUGACAUUGCAAACGAUGUUAUCCCCACUCUGCUGAAGGAGACGGCUGCUGCUGCAGAGAGUCCGGGGGAGGGAGGAGAGGGAGGAGAGGGAGCUGACAAGGAGUUCCCCAAGCAGGCAGCAGCCCUCUCAGCACUGCAGGACUCAGAUUGCUUUGCCCACCUGCUGCGUUUCUAUGAUGGCAUCUGCAAAUGGGAGGAGGGGAGUCCCACACCGGUCCUUCAUGUGGGCUGGGCCACCUAUCUGGUUCAGUCUCUGAGUCGCUUUGAUGCUCAGGUGCGUCAAAAGGUGUCGAUCAUCACCAAAGAGCCAGAGUCCCAGGAUGAUGAUGACCAGUCCAGCGAUGACCCCCGUGAGGGCCGCAGGCGAGGCCCCAGGAGAGAGUCCAAGCUGGACGAGCAGGGCUCUCCUCCUUCUGCUGCUCCCACCUCCCCUUCCACCCAGCCAGUAACAACAGCAACAGCAGCAGCCCAGCCCAAGAAGGUGGGAGAGGGAGGGGGCCGCCGCCGCUCCUCCCAGGGCCUGCGGGGUGGAGACGCUGAAGGAAAACCCAAGUCCCCCAGCCCGGACUCUGUGUCUUCACCCUCAUGCCAGCAGCAGGUGUCCCCCUCCCCGGCCGGGCCUGUGGUCGUCUUUCAGAGUGAGAAGAUGAAGGGGAUGAAGGAGCUGCUGUGCGCAGCCAAGGUGAACUCCAGCGCCAUCAAGCUGCAGCUCACUGCUCAGUCACAGGUUCAGAUGAAGAGGCAAAAGAGCACACCAGCAGGGGAUUACUCCAUGUCCUUCAUGAAGCGGCAGCGCAAGUCGCUCUAGACAUGUUGAUUGUUGUAGUAGGAGUUUUUAAGACUCUGUAAGACAUACUGUGAACAGCAACACGGACACCCAAUUCACCUCGCUUUUGUUUGUGAAACUUUUUGCCAGUGUUUUCAUCUGGAGGUCCAGUUCAGUCAGUAUCCUUGUUCCUAGCAAUAUAUUUUACUUGCGCCCUUGAGUUAAUCAUCACAUAUCAAGUUUGAACUGAAGGAGUAAACAUUUCAUUCUGUUUUUAUUUAACUAUUGCCGCAAAAAAAGGUUUUCUUGGGAAAGGUCUGGUUUGAUAGAUUGUAAGCACUCACUUUGUCAUUAGUUUGUGUAUUAAUUGGCAGCCAAUUGCACACCGACUAUUAACUUCUCAUUUACUUACAUGUGGGUGUUUAAAGCCAAAGUAACGAGGAUGACCAGAACACAACUUACAGAUGUGUAAAUAUUCACUUGUACCAUUAGGAACCUGUUCAUGACUGAGCCUUGGAAGUGAUUCAUUUAGGAUAGUUACUGUGUAACAUUGUCCACUUCUGCUCUAUCGACAGCUUCUUUCUUGCUAGCUCUUUGUUGCCUUACUUUGCCUUUGUUCUUUUCUAAAGUAGGUGGCCUUUAGUUUUGAGAAUAGCUGAGCUAGGCCUAUUUCUAAUGAUUAGAGAAGACCAGGAAGACCAUGCACUGUUGAGACGGAGCCACACUAGGUGGCCCUGCUCCAUCCUAUUUGCUUGAUGACUUGUGGUUUUUGUUCUUGUUUUUGUAUCUGCAAGUAAUAAAGACCUGA